CUCUAGGUCGUCGAUAUCUAGUGCUGGUGCCUGUACGAGUGCUGGUGCCUGUACGAGUGAUGGUGCCGGUGCCUGUGCCCGUGCCUGUGCGGGUGCUGGUGCCGGUGCCUGUUCGGGUGCUGGUCCCGGUUCCUGUGCCGGUGCCUGUGCCUGUGCGGAUGCUGGUCCCGGUUCCUGUGCCGGUGCCGGUGCCUGUUCGGGUGCUGGUCCCGGUGCCUGUGCCGGUGCGGGUGCUGGUGCCUGUGCCUGUUCGGGUGCUGGUCCCGGUUCCUGUGCCGGUGCCUGUGCCUGUUCGGGUGCUGGUCCCGGUUCCUGUGCCGGUGCCGGUGCCUGUUCGGGUGCUGGUCCCGGUGCCUGUGCCUGUGCGGGUGCUGGUUUGA